AUGGGGCCAGGCGGCCGCGGCCGGACCCCUGGCCUCGGGGUGCUCUGUGUCCUGUGCUUCUACUGCUCUCUGAGCCCCGGGUGGGCUCAGUACGAGCGCUACAGCUUUCGCAGCUUCCCCCGGGACGAGCUGAUGCCCCUGGAGUCUGCCUAUAAGUACGGCCUGGACCAGUACGGCCAGGAGAACUGGGCCGAAAGCGUGGGCUACCUGGAGAUCAGCAUGCGUCUGCACCGCCUGCUGCGGGACAGCGAGGCUUUCUGUCACCUCAACUGCAGCACCGUGCGCAUGGACAGGGACGCGCCCGCCCCUAGCCCUAUCCGCGACCCCCAGCCCCAGGACGGGGACAGGUUUGCCGGCUUCCCCGAGCUGAGGCUCUUUGGGGACCUGCUGCACCGCGCGAAGUGCCUCAAGCGCUGCAAGCAGGGGCUCCCGGCCUUCCGCCAGUCUCAGCCCAGCCGAGAGGUGCUGGACGAGUUCCAGCGGCGAGAGCCCUAUAAGUUCCUCCAGUACGCCUACUUUAAGGCAAAUAACCUUCCAAAAGCCAUUGCUGCUGCCCACACCUUCCUUCUGAAGCAUCCUGAUGAUGAAAUGAUGCAAAGAAAUAUGGCUUAUUACAAGAGCAUGCCUGGUGCUGAGGAUUACCUUAAAGAUUUGGAAACCAAAUCCUAUGAGAACCUCUUCAUCAGAGCAGUGAGGGCAUACAAUGGAGAGAACUGGAGGACAUCCAUUACUGACAUGGAGCUGGCUCUUCCUGACUUCUUCAAGGCCUUCUAUGAGUGUCUUGCUGCCUGUGAAGGCUCCAGGGAGAUCAAGGACUUCAAAGACUUUUAUCUCUCCAUAGCAGAUCAUUAUAUUGAAGUUCUGGAAUGUAAAGUAAAGUGUGAAGAGAACCUCACCCCUGUCAUAGGAGGCUAUCCAGUGGAGAAGUUCGUGGCCACCAUGUAUCAUUAUUUGCAGUUUGCAUAUUAUAAGUUGAAUGACUUGAAGAAUGCUGCUCCAUGUGUUGCCAGCUAUAUGCUCUUUGAUUCGAAAGAUGAAGUCAUGAAACAGAAUCUGGUUUACUAUGAGUACCACAAAGACAAAUGGGGCCUUACAGAUGAACAUUUCCUGCCCAGACUCGAAGCUGUUCAAUACUUUAAUAUUACAACACUCCAGAAGGAACUCUAUGAGUUUGCUAAGGAAAACAUAAUGGAUGAUGAUGAGGGAGAAGUUGUGGAAUACUUGGAUGAACUCCUGGAGGAGGAAGGAGGCAGUUAAUCUGAACAAACCAAAGGCAUUCCAGAGCCACAAGGAUGUCUUUCCAAGAAACACAAGACCACAGUGGUUCUUCCUUUGCCUCCAUUUGCUCAGGUUCAUGAUACCUCAAAGCCUCCCCCUUUGUGCUGCAACAUAAAGGGAGAGCACCCAUUUUGAUUUCUCAAUACUCUCUUUAAGCAGGGACCUUCCUCCCUGUACAUUCUCUCCAUUAACUCUGGCCACCUGGCUGGCUGAAGAGUGUCCUCAACUUUGGUCUCCCUGCUUAGCUUUCUCCAAAGGUGAAAUGCUCUUAAUGGAAAUAGCAUUCUACACACACACA